CGCGACACGUGCAUCCAUCCUGAUGCGCUCAACCUCUGACUACCACCGCCAUGGCACGAGAUCACUAGCCUGACGGGUCCCCCUUUCAAGACUGGACUUCUAUGUGGACAAUGAAGCUAUUUAAGCUGAUGCGAUGGAUUCCGAGGCCUCGGUUCCGCUCGAACGUUCUUACUCGCAACAAUCUUCCACGUCGAUGAAGAGCUACAGAUCCCAGACAGUUCGCCCAGGCAAGACACGAAAGCUCACAUCACAACCAUCCAGCUCGGCCUCGUCAAUUGCUGCCUCCGACAAGUCACUUACAUCCUUCCCAUCAUUCUCUCCCGAGUCACCACGCGACAGGCGCCCUUUUGCUCCCGAUCCCGGGGAUCGGUCCUCGACCACCCUCUCCCACCAAGCAUCCGGCACCCAGCCUAGCCCCUCCAUUGUUGACAGCCUGACGACGUCCCCUCCACGCUUAUCCGCAGCCCGCGGUGCUCUCUUCGAGGAUGCGCCGCUCUCAGCCCACAAGGUCCCCGGAGCUUUGCAUCACGCCGAUGACAAACAUAUCGAGCGCCUCAUCUCCCGCCACGGGGCCGUGAACCUCGUGCGCCAGCUCGCCGAAGAUCUGGCCCAUCGAGACGCGCAGGCUGCCUUUCUGCGGCGCAAGGCCAAUGAGCGGGAGCGGGCCCUGCGAAAGAUUAUACUGGAAUGCGGCUUGUCAAACUUAGACCUGGAGAGGAGAUUGCGCACACUCGAUCAAGAGGCUAAACAGAGCGGACAGUCGAGGCACGGCGCAGGGGGGAGGGGCUUAUCAGAUCUGAUGACCGAUGCUAUGACGGAUGAUGUCGGAUACAUGUAUGGAUUCGACGACGCAUAUGACGCAACAGUCCGACUUGGAAGCCUUUCCCUACCUGGCGACGCAGAUAAUACCAAGAGUACCAUCAAGGGUUGGAAGGAGUACCUGUGGGGUGGUGGUGGGACGAGCAAGAAAAACAGUGGUCCAAGCAGCGUCAAUGGAGAACCCUCCAACGUUCCGCAGCAGACCGUCGUCAGGGCCCCGGCGGCCGGAGAUCGUCGACCAACUAUAGCGCAGGAUUUGUUCAACCCUCCCGAUACGGAGUCUUUACAAGACUCGAGUAGGGCAUCUAGCGUCCAGCCGGGCCAGACCGCCCGGAAGGCUUCCCUUGCCAGCCUUGCUCUCAGACUAGUUGCGGGUGGUGCAACAGCUGCUCGCGAGGGCGAAUCCCGGGGGAGGGCAAGCAGUGCAAAUGCGACGGGCCCUUUCAGGACCCCGUCAGCAUCCAGUGCGAGGACCAGUGCCUCGGCAAGAGUUGUUUCGACCCAAGGUGGUCCAAAGGCUCUCAUGGCUAUGCGCCGCACUGCUGGCAACCAAAAUAUCCCGGUCAGCGGUCCGUCAAGGGCACAGUCCCAGGAGCGUUGGGACAGCAUGAGCUCCAUCCCUAUGCAUGACCCGGCUGCACGGCAGGAGAGCUACGGACCGGUGGAAAUGGACACAAUCUUGCCGCCCGAAGGGCAACCGCCUACGCAGACUCAUAUUUACAACAAUUACCAAGGUUCUGAAUACCUUACUGACCGUUUCGGUUUUAUUUACGAUCAACGCCGAAAGAAGAGGCAGCGAGAGGCAUCUCAGGUGACCCAGCACAUAAAACGAGGCAGCCGCUCCGAAAUGCUCACGAACGGGCGGAGUGGCAUGUAUUCUGACACUGUUGAGGCUAGCAGCGCGCCCAGAGAUGAUGCUGCGACCGAGGAGAGACCAGGCACUCCCUCUUCAGUAGAGGAAGUACGCGACGAGGCGAAGCCCAAACGAUGGCAAGACUACCUGAAAAUAGCCACCUUCCCGACGGAGCUGCUCUCCCAUACCCCGUCGAUCAGCGUUCCGGGAUUCGAAGUUAUGGAGGGAGGCGAAGUCCCAAAGUCGCCCGGCUUGAUUACGUCGGAGGAGCGAGGUUUCCUCCCGUCAACAAGCACAACGACUGCAUUGGACAACGAGUCACAACCGGCGGCCGAAGGAAACCCGCCUUCCGGGACGUUAGUCAAGGAGGACGCCGAGCCUGUCAAACUCCUGCUCAGCCAACUCAGCGAUCUUCAUGACAACCUACAGCGAGAAAGGACAGUUCGAUGGAAUGAUUUUCUUCGCAAGGUACGGGCUGAAAGAAAACGAGAGGGAGAAGCCGCUGCGGCGGCGGCGGCGGCGGCGGCCGAGGCCAGGUUCCAGCGAGCUACUACCGCGAUGCCCGAGACCAAGCUGGCUGAUGGCGAGAUAAUCGGAGUUGCUGGCCUGGGAAACAAGGGGAAAGUCGGUCGCGCGAAGUGGAACGAGUUCAAAAAUCUGGUCCUCGGCGGCAUCCCUGUGGCGUAUCGAGCAAAGAUCUGGACCGAGUGUUCGGGAGCCGCUGCUUUACGUGUGCCCGGCUAUUAUGACAGCCUCGUGAAUCAACCAUCCAGUGACGACGACCAGCAGGUUGCCUCGCAGAUCAGAGCGGACAUUACACGCACCCUCACCGACAACAUCUUCUUUCGCAAGGGGCCGGGGGUUGCGAAACUCAAUGAAGUUCUCCUUGCUUACUCAAGGAGGAAUGUCGAGGUCGGAUACUGCCAGGGGAUGAAUCUGGUUGUGGCAAACCUGCUCUUGAUUGUCCCAUCGGCCGAGGAAGCCUUUUGGAUCCUGGCCACGAUGAUCGAGAACAUCCUGCCUGCCAACUACUACGACCACAGCCUCCUCGCUUCCCGGGCCGACCAACAGGUUCUGCGUACGUACGUCUCUGAAGUCCUCCCGAAGCUCAGCCAGCACUUCGACGACCUCAGCAUCGACCUAGAAACCAUGACCUUCCAGUGGUUCCUCAGCGUCUUCACCGACUGCCUGUCUGCGGAGGCGCUCUUUCGCGUAUGGGAUGUUGUGCUGUGCACCAACGACGGCAGCACAUUUCUGUUCCAAGUAGCGCUAGCCCUGCUCAAACUAAACGAGCAGCAGCUUCUCGAGUGCUCCUCGCCGGCCAACGUGUAUACGUACAUCAACCAUCAGAUGACGAAUCACGCCAUAAGCAUCGACGGUUUGCUCCAGGCCUCGGAGGGACUCAAACGCGUCGUCAAGAGGGAGGACGUCGAGUCCAGGCGACUCAAGGCCAUCGAGAUCGAAAUGGAUAUGGUGCGGCAAAGGGAGGAGCGGAAUGCGCUGAGGCGGUCACAAAGGGCUGCUGCACCCGGCUCGGUGGUCAUCAGGGAGCAGGGUACCACGGCGCCGAGUGGGGUUGGGGCGGCCAGUCAGGUGGAGGGGGAGGAAGAAGGGUUGACUGUGCAGUCCCCGAGUCCGAUGGACGGGGACGCGGCGUAAAUGAAACAAAGGCGGCUUUGGUGGUGAAUUCUUCUCAUUUUGGCAUUAUCGAGUAAAUACCUUCCCUUGCACCAACUGUGGUUUUAGAUUGGGAAGUCCAUGAUACCCCCCCUUUUUUCUAAGUGGUUUUCUUUUGCCUCAGGUUAGGCGUUCAUAACAUGCGGUCUAUUUCCUUUUUUCUGCUCUGGUUGAAUAGGAAGCCUGGCCAGUUCUCUGCUUGAAGUAUAGGUGUAGUCGUAGCAGGAUCCUCUCAAGCUGUCUCCUCUCUGACUGUCUCGACUAACAUUGUCGCAACUGACCCAAUCUCUUACAUUCAAACACUGUGUCACAGGAUUCAAUGCAUGAAGUCAUAUAUAUUGGUUUG